ACGAGAAUUCCGCAGCCCACACGUUUUGUAGGUGACAGAAACCCAGUCUCCCUGUGAACUGGAUUCUUGCUCGUUCGCGGGCCCCUCUUCUUGCAUUCUGGAUGAUGUCAGAACAGGACCUCGCGGAUGUGGUUCAGAUAGCAGUGGAAGACCUGAGUCCUGACCACCCAGGUACAGAGCUGUGGGACAUUGUUUUGGAGAAUCAUGUAGUGACAGAUGAAGAUGAACCUGCUUUGAAGCGCCAGCGACUAGAAAUCAAUUGUCAGGACCCCUCUAUAAAGUCUUUCCUGUAUUCCAUUAACCAGACAAUAUGCUUACGGCUGGAUAGCAUUGAGGCCAAGCUGCAAGCUCUCGAGGCUACUUGUAAAUCGUUGGAAGAGAAGCUGGACCUGGUCACCAACAAACAGCACAGCCCCAUCCAGGUUCCCAUGGUGGCAGGCUCUCCGCUUGGUGCCACCCAGACCUGCAACAAAGUGCGAUGCGUCGUCCCCCAGACUACAGUAAUACUCAACAAUGAUCGGCAGAACGCCAUUGUAGCCAAGAUGGAAGACCCCUUGAGCAACAGGGCACCGGAUUCCCUGGAAAAUAUCAUUAGCAAUGCUGUUCCUGGACGUCGGCAGAACACUAUCGUGGUGAAGGUGCCAGGUCAAGAUGACAGCCACAAUGAAGAUGGGGAGAGCGGGUCGGAGGCCAGCGACUCUGUGUCCAACUGUGGCCAGCCGGGGAGCCAGAACAUCGGGAGCAAUGUCACACUCAUCACCUUGAACUCAGAAGAGGACUACCCCAACGGCACCUGGCUUGGUGAUGAGAACAACCCUGAGAUGCGGGUGCGUUGUGCCAUCAUCCCCUCUGACAUGCUACACAUCAGCACCAACUGCCGAACCGCUGAGAAGAUGGCAUUGACGCUGCUGGACUAUCUCUUCCACCGCGAGGUGCAAGCUGUGUCCAACCUGUCUGGCCAAGGCAAGCACGGGAAAAAGCAGCUAGACCCACUCACCAUCUACGGGAUCCGAUGUCACCUUUUCUAUAAAUUUGGAAUCACAGAAUCUGACUGGUAUCGAAUCAAACAGAGCAUUGACUCCAAAUGCCGGACAGCAUGGCGGCGAAAACAGCGAGGCCAGAGUCUGGCGGUUAAGAGCUUCUCCCGGCGGACGCCAUCCUCGUCCUCUUACAGCACCUCAGAGACUGUGAUGGGCACUCCAUCGCCCACCGGUGAGCUCCAGCAACCACAGCCACAGGCCCUGCACUAUGCCCUGGCCAACGCGCAGCAGGUGCAGAUCCACCAGAUUGGAGAGGACGGACAAGUGCAAGUAGGCCACCUCCACAUCGCCCAGGUGCCUCAAGGGGAGCAGGUGCAGAUCACGCAGGACAGUGAGGGCAAUCUGCAGAUCCAUCACGUUGGCCAGGACGGGCAGGUGCUGCAGGGCGCUCAGUUGAUAGCCGUGGCUUCUUCAGACCCUACUGCAGCAGGAGUGGAUGGCUCACCUCUCCAGGGCAGUGAUAUCCAGGUGCAGUACGUCCAGUUAGCACCCGUGAGUGACCACACAGCUGCGGCACAGACGGCUGAUGCCCUGCAGCCCACCCUGCAGCCUGAAAUGCAGCUCGAACAUGGAGCGAUCCAGAUCCAGUGAAGCAGGGCCACCAGCACUGAGCUGCCUGGCACCACGAGCCGACAGUCCUGCCCUGGCUCCACGUGCCCUGUUCCCACGCUUCAAGUUGGGCGACCGUGUGAGUUCUGUGAUGCGUUGAAAGCCUCCUCAACGGGGAGGAUCCCAGCCGUCCCUGAGGUCUCCAGGGUUGAGUUGUGCUGCUGGUGUCCCGGAGGAGAAGCACAGUGCAGAGUGCUUUGAGUACACUCGGGAAAACAAGAACUACAAUAUUUUGUUUAACAGCUUUUUUUAAUUUGCUAUGGUGUUUAUAACAAAAGAGAAAAUUGAAAAAAAAAAAAUGCCAGUGGAGUAGCAGAAGCCUUUUGCUGUGUGCUCUGUUCAGUGUCGUGAAGACAGGUGUUUGCAGAAGACAGCUAAUGAUUUUGAUGGAAAUGUUGCUUACCUACUUUUCUAGGGGAAUGUUCCCACACACUGUAAUUAUGCAUUUCUAAUGAAAUAAAGUUGUAUUUAUGAGCACACAGCUUCAGUGCUAUUGCCUGGUUCCCCCCCAGGCGCCCCAUUCUGGGUGGGGUGCUUGUGCUGCUGGGAAUCAACCCUGGGACCCUCCCUGCAGUCACUGUAACAUCCCCUGGGGCAGUUGGAGUCCCACUCCAGUGUUGGAGGAAUUCUUGAAAGUAAAGCU